AUGGCGGCAACAACAUCAACAAUAAAAGAAGAUGAUCAUCAAUUCCUCCUUAAGAAACAAUCGAAGCUGGACGAAGAGAAAACUAUGUGUUCGAACAAGAAUAGGUUCGAGUUAGAAUUAGAAUUCGUGCAAUCGUUGGCGAACCCGCGAUAUUUACACCAUCUGGCGACGACGACUUCGACGACUUCGACGACGACUUCAUCCAACAACAACAACAACGAAGAUGAUGAUGAUGAUGAUGAUAAAGAACCAAUUGAUAUCCUCAACAGCAAAGAAAUGAUCGAAUACUUAUCCUACCUCCAGUACUGGUAUCGAGACCCGAGAUAUUCGAAAUACAUCUUAUACCCGCACUGUUUAUACUUUCUGAAACUUUUGCAAACGGAUGAGUUUCGGAAAGCGAUGCGAAACCCACGAAGGGUAGAGGAAGUGCACGUGGCGCAGUUUACGUUUUGGGCGGAGGAUUUGACCGAAAGAGUGAGGAAAGUGACGACGACCACCGCCACCAACGACGACGGUAUCGAGGAAAGUAAAAAGAAGUAG